CUUAGAUCACUGAUUUGCAUGACGGGUUUGUUUAACAUUGCUUAACCAUUUUAAUGGUUAGCUACUGUUCGAACUAAAAUGGCUAAUGAGCUAGCUAACUUUGACACAUAGCUAGUUAUUUGGUAGCUAAUGGGACAAUGUGCCUCUAAACUUGAACUAGCCUACACCCAUUUGCUGCAGAAAAUGGCAGCUUAACGUUAUAUUCAACCAGCACAACUUUGUCUACUUCAGCCUUUGUAAUUGCAGUGUAACGUCUAAGUAAUGCAUAGUGCAUUGCGUAGCUAGUACUACUGAGAUAAAUGGAUAGUUAGCUAACGCUUAGUUGAACCAGCACUAAAUGAUGAUUUUGAAUAUAUAUUUUCUUUGUUAACAGAGGCAAAAUGCUGUUGCGUGUUCAGCUCGGGGAAGAGCAGAAAUACGUCAAGCUGUCUGAGCUGACAUUCAAUGCUUUCUUGAAAGAAGAUACCUCUCAUUCAUCAUCAUGCUCGGGUACAUCUGAUGACACCAUCAUUCUGAAUUUCACUGUGUGUGACGAUGUUGAAGAAGUAGCGGCUGGCGAAGGAAGCCAGCCUAAAAGGCCAUGCCACAUAAACUAUGAGGCAAAAGCACUGAUUGAAAAAAUCCUAACAUCAAAGCCUGGUGGUGAACGCAUUAUGCAAGAGUAUGGAAAAACCAAAUCUCUGACAGAUGCCACCAGAAGACAGAUGAUCAACAUACUUGCUGCUGAGAUGACAGAAACACAUGGGACAUCCCCCCAAAAGUGUCAGAGUGAUGUAUGCACAGGGGAUAGUAGCUUUGUUUCCCUAUCUAGAAGACCCAUACUCACAACAUGGAUAUUUGGUGGGCCAGGCCGUGAUCGUCAGCCCUUCACCUAUGACAGACAGCCAUCUGAUGAGGAUGUGGAAGCAGCUAUUGCUGUUUUGAGACACUCUGCUGAUGAAAACACUGUCCGUGAGAAGAUGAAAAUGACCUUCAUAUAUCGGCAAGCAAUGGUCAACGAUGAAGCCAAAUCAUCAGAUGUCUUCUCGGUCUUCCCAAGAUUUCUGGACACACCAGGACUGAUAGAACAAGAUUUCAGACUUCUGUUUGGUGAGGCCACAGCCAACAAAUUCUUGGAGAAGUGGCCAACCACUUUCAAAGCAAAAGUAAUAAAGGAAAGCCAUGGACUUGUAUCCACCACAGAACUCUUGGAUUUGAUGCGCAAUGCUGAGUCAGCUGCUGAUGUUGAGAAUGGCUGGGACAGUGACAUGUCUGCCAUCUUGCUGCUGCUACAUUUGCUACCACCAUCUGCACAAGGUAGAAAGAGGCCGGGAAAGAUGUCUGCAUAUCAAGCUGUAGAUCAGCUCAUCAGAUUUCAAAAGGUUGGAACCAGUGUGCAGCAGCAUCUUGACAACAUCACCCAAAGCAGUCAGCCCUACCUUCUCGCCCAGGGAUCCACACAGAGCAGCAUUCACUCCUACUUCAUUGUGGUUGACAAGCAUGCUCUUCCAUGCAAGGCAACAGGUUCAGUAGGAGCUUUUGGCGAAGUCUUUAAAGCCCAUUACGUAUUUGGUACGUCAUAA